CGCAGUCGCCGUUGCUGUCGGUAGCCAGCGUGAAUGCCGAAAGAGGGGAAAAUGGCUCUUGAUAAUUUCCUUUUUGCACAAUGCAUCCUAUAUUUCUUGGCGUUUGUUUUCGGCUUCAUUGCCGUCGUGCCACUUUCCGAAAACAGUGACGACUUCCAGGGAAAAUGCCUGCUUUUCACACGGGGCAUGUGGCAGAACGAGAACAUCACAGUGGCCAAGCAACGUUUCAUCGUUGAGGAGUGGGGACCGGAGUCUUCCUGCAGUUUCAUCACUUUUGUCGGGAUAGUCUCCCUCAUUCUUUCCGCGGUCCAGGCGUGGAGACUGCUCUUCUUUCUUUGCAAAGGCCACGACGACUCCAUCUUCAAUGCCUUCCUCAACCUGCUGCUCAGCUCCUUUGUGGUGUUUGCCAUCUUUGUGGCCAGCACCAUCGUCACCGUGGGCUUCAACCUGUGGUGUGAUGCCAUCACUGAGGACGGGACCAUGCCAAGCAGUUGUGAGGAUUUGCAAGACACGGAUCUGGAACUUGGCCUGGACAACUCCUCUUUCUAUGACCAGUUUGCUAUUGCACAGUUCGGCCUGUGGGCUGCCUGGCUGACCUGGCUGGGCAUCACUAUGAUGGCCUUCCUGAAGGUGUACCACAACUACCGGCAGGAGGACCUGCUGGACAGCCUGAUCCAUGAGAAGGAGCUGCUGCUGGGCCGCUCGCCCCGCCGUGGCUCAGAUGCGGAUGAGAAGAGCGGCAUGAUCUAGCCCCCGCCGGAGGGGGCGCGUUACCCGCAAACUUCUCCCACCACCGGCAGGCUGAGCAGAGGAUGAUGGGAAGGCAGAGGCAAAGCAAAUGCAACAGAACGCAAUUGUCCCAGGAAACCUUUGAUCCAAUCCCAUCACCAAUGAUAGUGGUCCACUGUGUUACUUUGCAGAUCCUCUGUGCAGUAAUUCUUAUCCUCUUUUGUGCUACAGUUGUAUUCUGAUUGUACAUAGGAUGUAGGACCAGCUCUAGUGCUAUCCACUCUAGCCCUUUUUAUGUGCAGGUUCUGUAUAAGCAUUUAUAUAUUACUGGAAGCGUAUCUUAACCCCCUAAGGCACACACCGAAGCGUAAGUGAGCAGCAAGAAGCUGUUAAAUGGGAAAACAACGCUGCAUUGAGCAUUUCUUACCACGAGCAAAAAGCCUAGUUCAGCAGUGCAAAGCUGAUAAUUCCCCACUGAGCUGUUUCAAAAGGGAGAAAAAAUAAAUGGAUCAUUAUUUCUCACCUGACAUGAUGCACAUGUACAAUGGAGGUUAUAUUACUUGAAGUGUUUGUUGCGUGGUAUCCACUGGCUCCAGUAUUACAGUAUGCUACGUAUGUCCGUGGUGAUGUAAUGAGUGGGCUGGAAAUAGAACAAGACAGGGCCCUACAGCUGUCACUGGAUUUUGGUAUAUGCUACAGAAAUGUAUUUUGGGUAAUGUGAUAUUUGAAUAUUCUACUGUAUGGCUCCCAAUACUGAAUAUUCAAAUAAUCAAACUCACUUUUACCCCAAGCACUGUAUUAAACUCCUGUCCUAUGUAAGUAAUGGCUCGAGAUUUGCUUUCACUUACUCUUUCAGACAGGAAAAUUAAUAGUAUCAAUGAAUUUUCUAUGGCUCUCCUUCAUUAAUAUUUAUAAGAAAUUAUUUCUGGAUUCUCAGUUUUCUUCAUUUGAUUGUUAAUUAGCAAGAAUUAAACACUGAUCCAAGCUACUGAUUAUGGAUAUCGCACAGUUUUUCCGUCUUUCCAGUAAACAAAUAUUUGGUCUUACCUGCACUACAUACAUGAACAUAGACAUACAGUGUAAUAAAUACAACUCAUUUUUUCCUCAUAAGAAAUACAGUGUUACUGAUUUUCCUAUUUGCACUGCACUAUGUCUGUAGGGAUCUUGGGUCAUUCUCUCUAGCUCUUUAACAGGUGAGUCUGGGGAGAGAUGGUGGUGGUGGUGGAGGUUUGUGAGUAACUGCCUGCUCCCGGUAUCUGCGUUCUGUUCUGCUGAGCCGGUCGCAUAGUAAACUCAGAGUACUUUGCAUGCUGCUACAAGACGUGGUGUGUGCUUUCGCAGUAUCACAUGUACACAACUACCAAGCACUGUAUUUUGUAAAAAAGCUCAGAACUUUAUAAAGGCACGGAUGUGAUCGUUACCUAUCUACAUACGAACUGUUUCUUACUCCUUGGGCACUAAGCUUCUCACAGGUGGAUUAGUGAGUCUUGUUUCAGACAGUUUGUUGGUGUACAGUUGCAUAAUGAACUUUUGUCACAUUUUACAGGAGGUGACUCAAAAGACAGACACUUGAAAAUGUAUUUUAAUUCCGUACCAGGCUUUCAAAAUCCUUUAUGACACAGAAACAAAAUGGCUCCAGCAGUUAUCAUCUUGCCCCAAACCCAGCAUAGACAAGCCACUGCUAUCCCAGCUGUAAGACAGCCUUACAUUCUUAAAGCUGAGUGCUCUCUACAUGAAUACUCACUCUUACCUGAAUACUCUAUUAGAGCCUGUCCCAAUGGUAAAGAUUACAUUUCUCUAUGUAAUUAAUUUAUGUGAAAGACAUAUAUUUUACCCUAAGUUAUAUUUUGACUGUAUGUCCAUACCUAUAGUUUCUAUUUCCCAUUUGGCCAGGCCUUUUGCCUCAGUUUUUAAUCAAUAUUAGCCUUUUUUCAAACCUUGCUGUGAUGUGCUAUACCACAAGAUGUGGGAGACACUUUGGUUGGCAAAGACAGUUUUAUUUAAAAGAAUACAAAUAAAAAAUAAAGGUAGAAACAAACAGAACCUUAAAAAAGGCACUUCUUUAAAAAGUGAGUGAAAUACAGCUACAAAACAAAGAUAAGCAAGGAUAGGCCAUGUGAACUUCUUAGGGAUAUUUUUAUUGCUAGAGAAGGCUGACAGUUCAGCAGGAUUUGUCUAAUAAUAAUCAUUCUGUGGUAAUAUCAAUGGUAUAUCCUCUUGGACAGCUGUUGCAUCAUAUUGCUUUGAAACUGACAUGUAACAUUUAGACACUGUCUUGCUACCUAUAAAUGUGUUCCCUGAAACCUGUUAUGUAAAGAAUACAUAUUGCAAACUGUGUUUUUUGUCAUUGCUUUCAAAUUAAAAGCAUACAUAACAUAGAUUUAAAA